AAUUCCUGCCCUCCUUGCGCUUCAAACGACUUCAGGGACGAGAGGAGGGAGCUAAGACUUGCCAAAAAAAAAAAAAAAAAGAAAGAAAGAAAAAGAAAAAAAUACACAGGGAAAAAGAAAAGAAAAAAGAAAUCAUACAGAUAUUCUUCACUAAAAUCAAAUAUUCCUCUUACCUGCGCUCCAGACUGCUAAGGGUCUCAACAGAACGGCAGUGCCACAUCCUGCCCCACCAUCAUCACACCUUUGGACUUCAUACAGACACCUCCACCCCAACCGUCAGCUCCAGCCCUGUCCUCCCUCUCCACCCACCCUCGUCUCCCCCAAACCUCGACCCUCCACCGCCCUGCUCUGUGGUGCCUUUCAGUCUUCCCACCACGUCUGCGGAGUGGGUGCCGGCUCCCUCCCCGGGGGGUGGGAGUGAGGAGCUGGGGGAGGCUCUUGACAAGCCCCUGGAGAACGAUGCGGAGGGUGUGUGGAGCCCAGACAUCGAGCAGAGCUUUCAGGAGGCCCUGGCCAUCUACCCACCCUGUGGACGCAGGAAAAUCAUCCUCUCUGACGAGGGCAAGAUGUACGGACGAAAUGAGCUGAUCGCACGGUACAUCAAGCUUCGCACAGGGAAGACACGGACAAGAAAGCAGGUGUCCAGUCAUAUCCAGGUGCUCGCGCGGCGGAAGGCCAGGGAGAUUCAGGUGAAGCUGAAGGACCAGGCGGCCAAAGACAAGGCCCUGCAGAGUAUGGCCACCAUGUCCUCGGCCCAGAUCAUCUCAGCCACGGCCUUCCAGAACAAGAUGGCUCUGCAAGGCCUUUCUAGGCCAGCCUACCCCACUGCUGGUGGGUUUUGGCAUGGGGCACUUCCAGGACAGCCUGGGGGUCCAGAAGACAUUAAGCCCUUCUCCCAGCAGAGUUACGCCAUGCAAGCAUCCGGCCCACCCCCCAUAACAGGUUAUGAAAGCACAGCAGGGCUAUCCAUGUCGCCCGGCGCCCCCCCCUGGCAGGGUAGAAGUAUCGCCAGCUCCAAGCUCCGUAUGCUGGAGUUCUCUGCCUUCCUGGAGCAACCUCAGGACCCAGAGACUUUCAACAAACAUCUGUUUGUGCACAUUGGCCAGUCCAACCCCAGCUACAGCGACCCCUACCUGGAAGCGGUGGACAUCAGACAGAUCUACGACAAGUUCCCAGAGAAGAAGGGGGGUUUGAAGGAACUGUUUGACAAAGGGCCGCACAACGCUUUCUUUCUUGUCAAGUUCUGGGCGGACCUUAGUGCUAACCUGCAGGAUGACAGCAGCUUCUUCUAUGGUGUUUCCAGUCAGUAUGAGAGCUCUGAGAACAUGAUUAUCACCUCAUCCACCAAGGUCUGCUCCUUUGGCAAGCAGGUGGUGGAGAAAGUGGAGACGGAGUAUGCACGGUUUGAGAAUGGGCGCUACGUGUUCAGGAUCCACCGGUCCCCGCUAUGCGAAUACAUGAUCAACUUCAUCCACAAGCUUAAACACCUGCCGGAGAAGUACAUGAUGAACAGCGUACUGGAGAACUUUACUAUCCUACAGGUGGUGACAAACAGGGACACACUGGAGACCCUGCUGUGUAUAGCCUACGUCUUUGAGGUUUCCACUAGUGAGCACGGAGCACAGCACCACAUUUACAGGCUAGUCAAGGACUGACGCAGUCUCAUGGCUCGAACUUAUACACUAUAGACCCAUUGUAGCACCUCAGCAAGCAACAACAACACUAAACAAUGGACUACUUCCUCUGUAAGCUGAAAGCUGAAAUCAUACAAGUCGCAAGUCAGGACCCAGAGAAGCACUGGCUGUGUCAGCGUGCCCAGGAACACCACUUAAGGAAGAGGUGGAUAUGGGACUGUGGAACCUGAAACAAGCUUUGUGUGAAUAAGUGGCAAGAAUAAAGAAGAGGACCAUGAUAUACUAUGGCCUCUAUACCAAAGGAGCCAAACUUAGCCGACAAGAUGUUGCAUGAGAAAGUUGUUGUUGGUGGUGGUUUUCAUCUCAUUUUACUAGUGCUUGUUUUGAUUUAGAUUCCUUUUACACACAUGUAUGUGCAGGGGGAGGUCUGCUGCAGGUUUAUGAGGAGUUUAGCUGCCCAAGGGUGCCAUCUAGUGACAUCAAGUAUGAAUAACAGUGGAAAUAAAGUCUAAAGUAGAUUGAAAAUCCCCCAGUUGCACAUCCAUAAAAUAUCACUGUUUUUGGUGCCAAUCUUUUGUGUUAUUUGAGCAACAUAAUUAUGUACAGUGCCACAUCCAUCUCCUCUAAACAAAGUUAUAAAAAAUAAGAGGCUAAAAUGAUGAUUAAAAAGAGCUAUUGUAUUCACUUUGUUUGAUGUUUAAUGUUUAAUGUUUCUUGUAUUGUCUUACUGUUUUUUGAUUGAAAAACAAUCUGACUACAAAGGCACAUAAUAACACUGCUAACUUGAACCAGAUUUGGGUCUGUCGGCUGAAUACAGACUUGUCUGUAACUGUAACUUGC